AUGGGAAAUAUAAGCUUGGAACAAAACGAUCCAUCCUUAUUUCGUCUGUCUACUGCUUUUUCAUCUGAUCAGAUAGAUUGCAUUUGUGAAGCAUUAUAUCAAGCUCGUGAUGGAGCAAAAUUAUUCGAAUUAUUUCAACCUAAUAUACAUAAUGUUAUGCUUUACCGGUGUCAGUACUAUUCAAGUUCUGUUCUUCGUGCAUAUCUCUAUGCUCUCUAUUAUGGUAAACGUUAUGAAGAACUAUUUCAGAUGAUAGCAUCAAAUACAUUCGAACAACGAUUUUAUAGUGAAUUGCAAGAUUUAUGGUAUAAGGCACGUUAUGCUGAGAAUGAAGAACGACGACAAAAAGAAUUGGGUGCUGUAGAGAAAUAUCGUUUACGAAAGAAACAUCCACCGCCUCGAUCAAUUUGGGAUGGACAGGAAACUAUUUAUAGUUUCAAAGAAAAUAUUCUUCGACAGUUUUACAGAAAAAAUAAGUAUCCCACACUUGAGGAUAAGAAAGAAAUAGCACGAAUUACCGAUUUAAAGAUUGUACAGAUUUCGAAUUGGUUUAAAAAUAGGCGACAACGUGAUAAGAGCUCGUCAACAGGACAAUUUUCAUCGACAGUACCAAUACAAUUUGAUAAUUUCAAUUUAUAA